UCCAAUCAAACUCAGGAACAUCAGCACCAAAGGACUCAGGGAUUUUUACUGGAAAUUAUUCUCUCGCACCUGCGUAACAGCGACUGCAUUUCCCACCCCUUGCACCCCCAUAAUUCAAUAAUUUGGGGGGUGGACUGGACCGGCAUCUCCAGGUGACGACGACUCGUUCGGACUUCGGGAACUUUCGGUUUAUUGAUCGACGAGGGAAAUCGAUGGACUUUUGUCGUCACCAGAAUGACCUGAAGAAGAGGCUGGAGGAAGCUGGUGACAAACUCGUCAUCAUUGACUUCUUUGCCACGUGGUGUGGCCCCUGCAAGGUCAUCGCACCACAAUUUGAGGAACUGUCGAAGGAACAUCCAGAUAUUGUCUUUCUCAAGGUCGACGUUGAUGAUAAUGAGGAUAUUGCAACGGAAUAUGAGAUCAGCAGUAUGCCGACGUUCAUCUUCAUCAAGAAUAACACAGUCGUCCACCAGUUCUCGGGUGCUAGUCUUCAAAAAAUCCAGGAAGGUAUCCAGGCGCAUCAGAACUAGGCCACAUCGCAAUAUAAAUAAACUAUGCCUUAUAAUAAUAAUAAUAAAAUUGAAAAGCUUAAAAAUCGUUCACAAUUAACGAAAAAAAAAGACAAAAUUAAUAGUUUAAUCGCAUCGUAAACUGCAUUAUUGUUCCCACGUUGUGAACAUAUUGUUUAUUGUCGUGUUUAUGUGAACAACAAAUUGUUUUUAAUAUUUUCACGAUUAACAAACACUAGAAAAUGGAAUUCGAGCAGUAGAACAAUUUAAUUCUGAAUAUUUUACCAUUUUACUGUAACAAAAUGGAUUUUAUGUACUUUGCCAUGUGAAAUAUACACAAACAAUCAGGUUAAUAAAUAAACACAAUUGUUUAUCAA